AUGGCGAUCUGUACUUAUAACGCAUGUACGCUUGCAUCGGAAGCGGCCAUCGAAGAUCUGAUGAUGCAAGCUAAGAAGAUCAAGUACGACGUCAUCGGACUGACCGAGACGAGACGACGUCACCCUCUCAACGCCGUAUAUGAAACUGGAGAAGAACUGUUCUUAGGAACAUGCGACAGUAGAGGUGUUGGUGGAGCUCUCGUCAACACGAGCAUGGCAAAGAACAUCGACUCUUUUGAACAACUCACGACCCAAAUCGGACGUCUGCGGAUGAGAAGAUGUGGUCCAACACCAGCUGUGACUAUCUUCGUCGCUUACGCUCCAACAUCAAGCUAA